AUGGCGCCGCCCCGGAAAACCGGCACGCGCCACAACGCCGACAGCAGUGUCAGCCGGGAGCUGCUCGCCCUGAUCCAGCAGACGUGCCCUUUGGACGCGCCCCCGGCAGCCGCAGCAGCGCCCGCCAACAGGGUCAGCCGUGCACCCCUGGCACCUGCGUCCGCCCGGCCGGCUGCCCGACGGGCGGGCAGCGUUGGUGGAAAUGGGGACGUCAGCAGCGCGGAACGCAGCAAGAACAGCAGCGGCGUCAGCACCAGGAGGGCCUCAAAUGCAGGGGGGGAGGUUGCCACCCGUAACGGCUUGGGCUCAGGCGCCGCAGCGCAGUGGCCUCCGGCGGCAGCCACGUCGACUCCAAAGCAGCGGCAGGCCCUGCAGGUGCUUGAGCAGCGGCGACAGCAGCAUUUGCUGCAGCUGAAGCAGCGGCAGGCGCAAGAGAAUGCGGCGCGGAUGCAGCGGCUCCUGAACGAG